AUGGAUGCAAAUGAGACUUUUUGGGAUGUCUAUCGGCGCCUGGGCCAACUACACGAGAUGGAGGUGAAAGAGUUGAAGAUCAAGAUGUCGCAGCUGAUUUCUUCGGAGUCAGCAUGCUCAGAGACCUUCACUGGCGAAAUGGUGCCUUAUGCCAACCAGCAGCAAUCAACUGACUUCACGGAGAGCACUUGUACCUCGAGAGCUGGAAGCAAAGUCCGCUUCAUUCGGCCCCCAGAGAUGGCUCCCCCGGAAUUGGCGACCGGUCCGGGUCAUCCCGACUGCCACAGUGAGAACUCGCCCUCCUUGCCCGGUGUCACGCAAAGUCGCAGCCGCAAGGAGAAGAAGUCAUCUUCGGAGUUGCCCCGUGUGUUGCACGAGGACACGCUACGGAGUCUGGAAGGCCAAAGCAGCUACAACGUGAGGAAGAUUUGGACCGAGAAAGGUGACGACUCGCUUGGGGAGCUGACCCCGUCCGGCCUGACUCGUCGGAGCAGUUGCACCCUACCCACAGUGACAUCCUUCAAGGAUGAUACCCUCCAGCGUCCGGAGUGGCUCCGCUAUUUGCUCUCGAUGUUGCAGCAUCCCGCGUCGCGCUUUCGCGUCUGGUGGGGACCCUUGGGGAUGAUCUUGUUGGCCUAUGACGUGAUCACCAUCCCCCUACGCUUCUUUGGUUUGGAGGAAUCCUUGGCUAUGACUGUGAUCUCCUGGAUCGCCAGGCUCUACUGGAGCCUGGACAUUCUGUUCUCCUUCACCACGGGUUUCUAUGAUGCGGGCUUGUUGGUGCUGGAUCUCCGGCGAACGAGUAUGAACUAUUUGAAGGGAUGGUUCGUCUUUGAUCUCUUGGUGGUUUGUUUGGACUGGGUUCUGUUAAUCUGGGAGGAUUUCAUCUGGGAGGAUUUCAAUUCCAACACGGAAGGUCUGCCCAGGUUGUCCAAGACCAUGAGAAUUACCAGGCUGUUUCGAUUAGUGCGCUUGGGGCGCCUAUUGAAGGUGGGUGCUAUCACCGAGAACUUCCAGGAACAGAUCAGUUCUGAAUCCGCCUCUAUCCAUUACAGCAUCGUGCGAAUCAUCUUGUGGCUCAUGGUCAUGAACCAUGUGCUCGCCUGUGGCUGGUUCGGAGUGGCUGCGUUCUCAGACGGACGCACCUGGAUUACUGUGAAUCAGCUGGAGAGUGAAUCGGUGGCCUAUCAAUAUACCACCUCCUUACACUGGGCCGUGGCGCAGCUGGGGGUGGGGCAGACGGAGAUCGAAGCCGUGUCCCUGCCGGAGCGCAUCUUUUCGAUCCUGGCGGCUUGGCGAUGGAGAGCUUGA